AUGUUCUUACACUUAUACGAAAUUGGUUAUUCAAGAUUUCGAAGAUUAAAAGAACAUUAUCAAGAGCAUGGAAUUUUUCCAAGAAUUCACGGAACACCAAACGAGUGCCAGGGAAUGCAAUGUCCGAAAAAUCUCUUGAGACAGCAAGAGCAAGCUGCUAACCUCUCAUAUGAAGCAAAAUCAGAGUAUGUAAAGGCUCACCAGGAACACUUGAGCACUGCACAAACAGAAAGAGAAUACUACAGAAAUUCAUGUAACGACUGCAAAUCAUUUCUUCAAACACUUGAUACUGACACUUUACUAAACUGUGAAACCCGAGGGCCUCGUUCUUUAAAUGUAACUAUACAUUACUCAUUUGACUUCGCACGACAAAUACAUUUUCCAAGUAAUCCUAUGCGACCCGGACCGAUUUAUUUUAAAACUCCGAGAAAAUGUGGAAUUUUUGGCGUUAUGUGUGAAGGGAUUCCUCGCUAAGUUAACUUUCCAAUUGACGAAGCAGUUUUUAUGGGAAAAGGAGCAAACGCAACCGUCAGCUAUGUGGAUUAUUAUUUUAAACACUAUGGAUUGGGAGAACAGCAUGCACGUCUUCAUGCUGACAACUGCGCCGGCCAAAACAAAAACAAUUAUUUUCUCUGGUACCUGGCUUACAGAGCUCAUUUCUUAUAGCGGAACACUAAGUUUGGCCCUGAUCGGUGCUUUGCCUUGUUUAAGGAAGCUUACAAAGUAACUCAUGUCUCGUCAUUGUACGAGUUCGCCAGAUUGGUCGAUACCUCCAGUAACAGUGGCCAAAACAAGGCACAGCUCGUUGGAACGCACAAUGGCAGAAUCGUCGCACCUGUUUAUGACUGAGCUUCAUUCCUUGGCCGGUACUUCAUGAAAUUACCGAACAUUAAGAAGUACCAUCAUUUCCGGUUCUCGGAGCAAACCCCUGGAAUGGUUUAUUAUAAAGAAUUUUCGACCAGCCCUGAACAUUCUUUCAUGUGGGUGAAAGAUCAAUCCGUUCUCCCUCCCUCUACCACUACUUCUCCAGUGAUUAACCCAGAUGUACUAAGUGAAGAACAAAAACUUUAUCUCUACCGUGAGAUUAGACAAUUUUGCAAGCCAGGAACGGAAGAUAUCGUUGCUCCUUCCUCUUAGCUGUCGCUUAUCUGCUGGAUAGUGAUUUAGGUUGAAUGCCAUUUGUCUUUUCACUGAAAUUACAUUAUCGGUAGGCAUGUUAAAGAAUCCUUUACAUAAAUGACAAUGAUCAUUAAGUGCUAGCAGGUGCUUAAAAGUCGCACCAUUUCACUACACAAGUGUCUCAAGGUGUGUGGAAAAUUAGACUGUAGAUAACAAACCUUCGCUAACUAAGGGUCAGCUCUUUUGGUGCACGAGAAUAAAAUCAAAGCGUAACAAAUGAGACCGGGUAUACAUUCCUUUACUAAACGCAAUUUUUACCGCUUCACAAAUGUUUAAAGCGUUAUUCUCAAAAUGCCCUUGAAAAAAAAAACCACACCUUUUGACUUUUCGAUAGACUUUGAUUGCGAAACUGAAAUUAGCAAAAGGGGAAGAUUUUGUCACAAGUCAAAUUCAUCACUCUAAUGGGAGACUCUAACAUAAAACGUUUUCAUAUGCAAAAUGAAUAAUAACCCAUAUCCAUCCUCCUAUGAAAACGCGAGGAUUUCGAAAAAAAAGAGCUCAGCACCGCUAAUUCUGUUGACACUGCGAUCUUGUUUAUUGCAAUAACUGGAAAAUCGAAUCAUGGCACUUACCUUACGUCAAAUUUGUAAACAAACAAACAAACGACUUUCCAGAGCAUUAUUUUUCUUCCCCGAGGAAAGGGUGACUGGUAUUACGCUUACCCGAUGAAUUGUCGGGUCAAACAAGAAUGCCUUAUGCGAAAGCAGUAACGUAACUGUUAACUGGCAGGGAAAAAAGGUGCACGCCGAAAUUCUGGCAUAUAGUGGAAAGUUCAACUUCUACGUUUUCUGUGUUGUUCUGUCGAGAACUGAAUACUUUUUACCAGUUAUAUUGCACGUUCGUGAACAAUGCCUUGGUUUAUUUGCAGAUGACGAAGACUUCCUCACUAUCAAAGAUAUAGAAUGGUGUAAGAGAAGUCUGCCGGAUGCCUUGGAGUCUUCCACUGACAUUGAAGGCGAUUGCGUAGAAGAGACACCCAGAGAAAAGGCAAAUCAAAACCCGGUGCCUUUUCGAAGCACGCACUUAUUGCUGUCUUUGUUACUGUUUCUACAUAUAAAAAGAAGGCCGAAUCAUCUAACAUCGCGCUGGAUCCGUAUAUAUCCUUCCUGGCAGAACAGCAGCAGAGGGAAAUGAGGUGGGCCACUGAUCGAGAAGCAGAGAGGACAAAAGAGAAAAUGAAUGGUCAAGCGGUCGAAAUCUGUUCGUUAACUGCUCGCUAAAAACAAGGAGUGAGAUGUCUUGAAGAAUGAUUUGGAGGCUGUCCGCAAGACCAAUGCAAUGGCAAUGGAAAACCGAAACGAAGAUCUUGCAAAGGUGAGUGUAAUAGUUUCUCUUUGUAGCAAUACAAUAAAUGACGCUCCCCUUCAAAAUAACAUUACCCUUACUUACUUAGCCCCGCUCUUAGUAUCUCCAGAGUAUUUCACUAAAGCCCGAGCGUGGCUUAAAAACGUGAUGAAACUGAUUUCUUGCUCCCGUUGGCGAAAUAAAUAAAAUAAAUUAUUAGUACUUCUGUAUAUCUCACCUACAGGUAAUGGAGAGGAUAGAAGAUGCUAUUGGUGCACUGGAUGAUAAAAUGAGCAUUACGAUGUCAAGAAUAGAGCGGCGUCUAGAAACUUUAGAAAGUAUGGUAGGUUUUGUAGUAAAAGUUAUUUGCUGUACAUGUCACGAAGGUGAUUGGUUUGACUUUCUUCAGUCAUUACGAAGGAUGAUUUACUGAGAAGAAUUUACAACGCAAGUUAACAAGAGUUUUAAAAUACUAAUUUUAAAAUAAUAUCAGAUUUUUUAUCAAAAUAACUACACGUACAUUAUCGCGCGGAGCUGCUACAGUGCUAAAAAAAUAAUAAUUAUAACUGACUGAAUUAAUGUAAACCCCGUGCCCACGAAUUUUGUAAUUUGAAUUUUAAUAAUUCGCCUUUUUAUGACUACUUAACUGAUGUGUGAAAUAGCAAAUGAUCCCCCAAGAAAAAUUAGACCAACAAGCAGUGCGACGGAUCAGUAUCAGCUGCCAGAUGACCGUCCUAACGAUCUCUCAACGAUUGAUAUACAUGCCUUCGCGAACCUCACUGAUGAGGUUGCCACUCCUUUAUCUUGCCCAGCUACACCAGCUCCGACACCAGCUGAUUCAGUAACACCAGCCACUCCGUUAGCAAUGAACAUUAGUGAAGUGGCUGUAGGCGAAGAAAUCAUCCGCACCUGCUUGACCCCAAGCAAAGUGAAGGAAGUAGAGGCAAUGUUGAAAAUGGAAAAGCAAAGGCACCUUUGCGCUCUCAAACUUCUGCAGUUCUUCUUCACAAAACAAGAGCUUAGUACUAGUAACACAGACGAAACCCAUGGAAAACAGUGCUUGGAUAGGAACAAACUGAACAGUUUAAAAGCACUAGUAUUUGCAAAGUUUCCCGUGGAGCCGUCAGAAAAAAAGGAGAAGAUUUGGCGGGCCAUUAAAGGCAAAAUUAAUACCAAGUCGGGUUAG